GUCGGAGGGAGGCCACCGGAGACCGGGGGGCAGUUAACGCGCGCUGCGGGGAAGGGGCCAACCGGCCAAGUCACUUGCGCUCUACGGCUCCGUUCCGGGGGUCUUCAAGGUCGACGAGAAGCGGUCCACUGGGAGAUGAGAGAACUGGGGAGCUUGGAUGGGGAAGUGACCGGAGCACCUCCGGGGGUUUAACCCGAGGUGGAAAGGGAUGCGCAGGCGGCCGCUGGAAGACCCUUCUGCAACUACUUGGACUCCUACGAUUCUUUGGUGCUGGGAUUUGGGCAUUCAAGUAGCCGAAGCGAACUGACUCUCUGGAGAGGGAGUUGCAUUUAAAGAAGGAUGCUAAGAAGCAGUUUAAGUACACAUGUCGGUUUGGUUCCGAACUUUGAAAAGGCUGGGGGAUUGGAUUCACGAGGUGAUUUUUGACAUUUUAUUUUGGCAUUCCAACCAAGAGGAGGCUUGCUGCUGGAACUUGUCAGUUCUCCUUUAUUUUAAAAUAUCUUAUGAUCAAUGGAUAAAGUGGGGAAGAUGUGGAAUAACUUCAAAUACAGAUGUCAGAAUCUCUUCGGUCACGAGGGAGGGAGCCGUAGUGAAAAUGUGGACAUGAACUCCAGCAGAUGUUUGUCUGUGAAAGAGAGAAACAUCAGUAUAGGAGACUUGGCUCCUCAGCAACAAAGCAGUCCCUUAAGAGAAAACGUUGCCUUACAACUGGGAUUAAGCCCUUCCAAGAAUCCUUCAAGGAGAAACCAAAACUGCGCCGCUGAAAUUCCUCCAAUUGUUGAAAUAAGCAUUGACAAGGAUAAUGAUUCGUGUGUCACCCCAGGAGCAAGACUUGCAAGAAGAGAUUCCUACUCUCGGCAUGCACCGUGGGGUGGGAAGAAAAAACAUUCCUGUUCUACCAAGACACAGAGUUCAUUGGAUACCGAUAAAAAGUUUGGUAGAACUCGAAGCGGACUUCCGAGGAGAGAGAGGCGGUGUGGUGUAAGCUCCGCGCACGACACGGACAGCGUGUCCAGCAGAGCGGUGGGAAGCCGCUCUCUGAGACAGAGGUUGCGAGACACUGUGGGCUUGUGUUUUCCCACGAGAACUUACAGCAAGCAGUCAAAACCCCUCUUUUCUAAUAAAAGGAAAAUACACCUUUCUGAAUUAAUGCUUGAGAAAUGCCCUUUUCCUGCUGGCUCAGAUUUAGCCCAAAAAUGGCAUUUGAUUAAACAGCAUACAGCCCCUGUGAGCCCACACUCAACAUUUUUCGAUACGUUUGAUCCAUCCUUGGUUUCUACGGAAGAUGAAGAAGAUAGGCUUCGAGAGAGAAGGCGGCUCAGUAUUGAAGAGGGGGUUGACCCUCCUCCCAAUGCACAAAUACAUACAUUUGAAGCCACCGCACAGGUUAAUCCGUUAUAUAAACUGGGACCAAAGUUAGCUCCUGGAAUGACUGAAGUAAGUGGGGACAGUACUGCAAUUCCACAAGCUAAUUGUGACUCAGAAGAGGACACUACCACCUUGUGUCUGCAGUCACGUAGGCAGAAGCAACGUCAGGUGUCUGGAGACAGCCAUACCCAUGUUAGCAGACAGGGAGCUUGGAAAGUCCAUACGCAGAUUGAUUACAUACACUGCCUUGUGCCCGACUUGCUUCAGAUUACAGGGAAUCCCUGUUACUGGGGAGUGAUGGACCGUUACGAAGCAGAAGCCCUCCUCGAAGGGAAACCUGAAGGCACAUUCUUGCUCAGGGACUCUGCGCAAGAGGACUACCUCUUCUCUGUGAGCUUCCGUCGCUACAACAGAUCCCUGCAUGCCCGAAUUGAACAGUGGAAUCACAACUUUAGUUUUGAUGCCCACGACCCAUGUGUAUUUCACUCCUCCACUGUAACAGGACUUUUGGAACAUUAUAAAGAUCCCAGUUCUUGCAUGUUUUUUGAACCAUUGCUUACUAUAUCACUAAACAGGACUUUCCCUUUUAGCCUGCAGUAUAUCUGCCGUGCAGUAAUCUGUAGAUGCACUACAUAUGAUGGAAUUGAUGGGCUCCCUUUACCAUCAAUGUUGCAGGAUUUUUUGAAAGAGUAUCAUUAUAAGCAAAAAGUUAGAGUUCGCUGGUUAGAACGAGAACCAGUCAAGGCAAAGUAAACUCUCCCGCCCCCAGUGGGCGUUAACUCGAUCUGCUUUUCUGUGCAUCAGACAGUACACCUAUAGCAAGCACACGUAUCAGUGUUAGGUGUUUCUCAGUGCAGUAUGUAGGCUUAGUGUUAGUAUCUGUCAGAUGCGAUCUGCUGUCACUUCCUCAGAUAAACGUGGUGCCUAUUGAGACAACAGAGGGCAGAGCUACAGGUGUUCAGUAAGGCUACAAAGGCAUUUUGUCAGUUGAGCGAACGGUUUGAUUUGUAAUGACUAUUGUAAUUGAGUGAAGCAACUCGGGGGCAUUUGCUAUGAAGAAUUCUAUUUCUUACUGAAGAACAAAUUAUUAAUAUUGGAUGAGUAUUUCAACAGUAUGACUAAUGUUUGAAAUUGUUAUUUUUUCUAAGAAUUUUUCUAUAACCUUCCAAAAGUAGUGCUGUUUGUAGUUACUAUAAAUCAAGCUUUGGAAGUCCAAAAAAUAAAGACUGCCUUCCUUGGAGAAAAAAGAAAAAUGCAAUUUUCUGGCCACAAGGGCAGAGUGCAGUUCACUUAAGUGUUGAUAUAGUUUAUAGUCAGUCUCUUGUCUCUUCUGCAAAAGGUACUGUUAAGCCAACCAGGUUUUCUAAAUAGUUGCUCUUAAAAGUUCAGGCUUACAAAGUUGGUAGUAGAAUUUUAUUUCAAGGCCUUAGGUAUUAAUUUUUUUGAAUGAGUGCUUUAACUUAAAACACAUUGGGAAGAGCUGCAAUGUAGUCCUGUGUGUGAUUUCUUAAGUUAGUACGUGCGGUCUACUCGUUGAUUAGUUAAAGUUGGAUCUUUUCCUGUGCCCAUGAUGCGUUUGUGAACCAUGAAGAAAGUGAGACUAGAAGAUGCCCAGACAAGUCCAGUGAUAGCAGCAGUGGUAUGCUGAUGUUGAGAUGAUUGUUAAACUGCAGUGAACAAUUUGGAUGGCACUAUUUAGCUCUUUGUUGUAAACGCUCAUAGCUGAAUCGCUUAAAUACAAUUUAUAGAAUUUCAGUGCAGUUAAUUUCUAAUAGAAAAUCUGAAACCCUAAUUGCAGAUUUAAAAGGUACUGUACAACCGUUGUAUCUGUAAAUAACUUUACUUAGCACCUUUUUGUCACUUAGAAUAGUAUGCAAUACUACUUGAGUGAGCUAUUUUGGAAGUAAUACCAAGUCCUAGUGUUUGCUUCUUAGUAUUGAGCUGAAUUUACAGUUCUGUCCUAGACAUUUUGCACUAGUCAAAUCCAUUCUUGUGUCUUUUUGUUAAUGUGCUCUGUACCACUGGUGAGUGCUCCUUGGUCUCCUUACCUGCUGCUACAGAAAGUUCUUUUACAUCUUGAUGGCUGUUGCCAAGGCUACAAAAAAGAAAAGCUAUAUUUGUAUGCAACACUAACCCUUUGACUGCUAAUGUACGUUUCUGCUUGCUGUGCCUUGUUAUGGCUGCUUUUUUGUGCUAAUAAAGUAUGUUUGGUGUUCUCCUUGUA